AUGGACGAACCAUCUCCCUCGGCAGGCCUCCUCUCCCAAAUGGACGAUGCAGAGAAACAGAGCCCUGUUGACGCUCAGCCGCCAAAGAACGAUGGACACGAAUACACAAUCGCAACGAGAACAAAAAUGAUCUGCCUGGGUCUUUACUUCAUGAUGAACCUAGGCUUGACGCUCUACAACAAACGCGUGUUGAACAGUUUCCACUUUCCCUGGUUGUUGACGACAUUUCAUACCACUUCUGCGGCUUUGGGAUGUUGGACCAUUAUGCUUGUGGCUCCUGAUCAAUUGAAGCUGAGCCAUGUCGGAAGGAGAGAGCAGAUGGUACUGGUGGCUUUUUCGAUGUUGUUCACUGUCAACAUUGCUAUCAGUAAUGUGUCGCUCGCCAUGGUUUCGGUUCCUUUCCAUCAGAUUGUUAGAUCCACUACUCCUGUGGCUACAAUCUUGAUUUACCGCUGGCUUGGACGCAGCUACGGUACCAUGACUUACGUCUCCCUAAUCCCCAUCGUGGCUGGAGUUGGCCUUAGCACCUAUGGAGAUUACUACGCUACUCUACUCGGUGCUUCCCUCACUUUCUUGGGUGUCUUNUUGGCUGCACUCAAGACUGUCGCGACAAACAAACUCCUCACCGGUAGCCUCAAACUCCCCGCUCUGGAACUUCUCUUGCGCAUGUCGCCUCUAGCUGCCGUCCAAAGUCUCCUCUGGGCAGUUGUGACAGGCGAAGUGUCUGCCUUCCUCGACUUUACCGCAGAAGGCAAAAUGAAUACCGGGCUCAUUCUCGCAUUGCUCGGAAACGGAUUCCUGGCUUUCAUGCUCAACGUCACCAGUUUCCAAACCAACAAACUUGCUGGCGCGUUGACAUUGUCUGUUUGUGGCAACGUCAAGCAGAUCUUGACUGUCAUUCUGGGUAUUGUGCUGUUUAAUGUUAAUGUGGGACCGAUGAAUGCUGUGGGUAUGCUUGUUGCGCUGGGAGGAGCGGGGUGGUACAGCAAGGUCGAGCUGGAUGUCAAGAGAGCUAGUGCGAGAUCUUAG